AAGGAAGGUAUUUUUGAAAAAAUCAGGAUGUACGAUUACCAAGCGGUUUGUUUCAAAAGGAAAGCGACUAAGAACGAUGCCAGUAUUUUACUCACGCCUUGGACAAGCUUAAAGAAAGCUAUUACUUGGAUCGUCGGUCAAAUGACUUGGGUCUGGGUAAAAUCAGGCAUUUGGAAUUCCGACUAUGCAUACGGUUAUGCUGAUCCUAACGAAAAUGACGAUAUGCAGGAGGAUUAUCCGGAGAAUGGCAAAACUCCGAUAGAUCCCAAGGAUGAGAAAUUCUUUAAUAUGAAAGUUUUAAUUAAUAGGACGCGUCCGGAAGCAUGCGAUCAAGAGGUAUACUUAUAUUUGCGCAAUUCGUCCGUAAUAAAUUACAACGUGGAAGUUGAUAUGGAAGACGAAUGCGCAAGACCCUACAUUGUACAACCGGUUAAUUUCAGCAACAUGUUAUUAAUCGUAGUUAACACAGGCACUUGCAGCGACACAACCUUACCAUCGUUAACCGUGAUACCCGAGGAAGUGAUUUACGAAAAUAAUUCUUUGGUUUGUCAAAAGGCGUGGACAUUUUUGAAAAGGAAAAGGCCAGAAUCCUGUAUAAGAACUCAUCCAAGAGAAAGUGAAAUAAAGGAUCUCUGUGGAUUAGCCAGCUUUACAGGGCCAAACAAUUUUAUUAUAUUUUUGUUGCUAACGUGUAUUCUGAUAAGGCAGAUUGUCUUUCGGUGCAAUUAAAUCUUGCUUUUUGAUAAACGAAUAUAUAUAUAUAUAUAUAUAUGUUUCUUUGCUAGAGGUGAUAUCUUUUCAUCGAUAUCGAUAAUAUAUGUCCUUCUUGAUAAGCAAAGAAAUAUCAAACGUGAUUAAUCUAAUGUCAAAAUUUUAGAAUCUAGUGAAAAUGCAUCGGCGUAUAUCUCGAUGGAACGCUUAUGCUAGAGGCGACCCUAAGUUUCUACCUCUUUUCACACCCUGCUGAUUCGCAGCACGGCUUGAGAAAUAAUAAUGGCUGAUAUACGUAUAACAAAUAAAUAAUUAUAUCGAAAUGAUUAAUAAUCGUUCGAUCGUAAACGCAUGAAAUAUCGUGCGUUAAAAGCUGAUGAAGUCCAAUAACAAAACAAAAGCAAAAUCUUACUGCCCGAAAUGCAAUGCGAUUUGCUCUCUCUGUGCGCUACUGCUCUUUCAAUUUUUCUCUUUUUACCUGUCUCUUCAUCCUUUCUCUAUGCAUCUAUUAUAGAUAAUUCUUUUAUUUAUUAAUAAAUAAUCGUCGAUACACUAUAUAUGGACAUUUAUGCUCGUCGUAUAUUUUAAUAAGAUGUCAAACUAUGGUUUUUUAAUUUUUAUGUUUGACAAAUUAAUUCAUUAAUCGAUAUUUGUAUAAGUUAGGAUACAUAAUAGAUAGAUUUAACUUUUAGCUGAAGAUGUGCAUUUAAUGAAUGAUUGAUUCAUUGAUUAUUGUUAUAAAAAAAAAAGAAAAAGAAACACAGAAACAAAUGAAGCAAGGAAUCAAUAGGUCGUAUGUUCAUACUGUGUGCAACUAUUUUGUAAAUAAAUAAUACUAGAUGAAAAUCAUCAUAAAUAAAUGACGUUAUAGGAGAAAAAAGUUGACAACACAGACAGACAGACACACACACAAACACAAGUAAAAUUUAAAUGAUACUUUAAACGGGCCGAGUAAUUCUUGAUAAUAACGUUGUAGG